AUGUAUUCAAGCGAUAUUAUUUUUGUGGUUUUCCUCAUGUCUCCAAUCUGUAUUGGGUUCGUGGGGAACUCAUUGCUCUUCAUGUUAUAUAUGUACACCUUCUUCACUCAAUCUCACCUGAAAAAGCCCAUAGAUUUGAUUUUCAUACACCUGACAUUGGUCAAUGUAUUUACCAUUUUGUUCAGGUUGAUACCAGAUGUCAUGUCAUCCUUUGGAGUAAGACAUUUUCUGGAUGACGUUGGUUGUAAGGCAACUUUGUACACAUACAGAGUUACUCGGGGUCUUUCCAUCUGUACUACCUCCCUCCUGAGUGCAUUUCAAGCCAUCACUAUCAGUCCCAGUACUUCUAAAUGGACAUGGCUUAAAUCUAAAAUGUCUACAUGCAUGUUUCCUUCUUUCCUUUUUUUCUGGAUCGUCAACAUGCUCAUCUAUAUCCACAUCAUCAAAACUGUAGAAGCCAAAAACAAUGUCACAAUUACUGGUUCUGGGUAUUCCCAACUAUAUUGUCAAGCUAAGCAGUUGGAACAGCAGUAUUCAAUAGCACUUUUUAGUGUUAUGAUGAUUCGAGAUCUCCUCUUUGUGGUCCUGAUGAUGUCAUCCAGUAUCUACAUGGUGAAUCUCCUCUAUAAACACAGCCGGAGAGCCCAGCACGUGCAUAGCUUCAGCCUCCCUUCCCAGCCAUCUCCUGAAAUCAAAGCCACCCACAAUAUUCUUUCGCUGGUAAGUUGCUUUGUCUUCUUUUAUUGCUCAAAUGACUUUUUUACCCUUUACUUAUUUUAUAGACCUGAGAAAAACCCCAGUCUGGAGAGAAUUACAGGGAUUAUUUCAGCAUGCUACCCAACCAUCUGCCCUUUUGUGCUGAUGAAAAAUAAUAAGAUUAUUUCCAAAUUUAUUUCUUCCAUUUCAAAGAUGAGAAUUAUCUUUUCUCCAAGAACAUUCAGUAGAUGA